AAAUGUAAUUAACAUUUAAGAAGUUAUACUUUUAGAUCGUCGAUAGAACUUCAGGGUACAAGGCGAUGCGUGACAGGAUUUCAUAAUUUAUUGCCAUUGAAAUUUUCAAUAAUUGGUGGAAAAAUUAUGGGCACUUUUGCUUCACCCUGUUUUAUAUAAAAAAAAACUCGUUGCCUCUGCAUUUCUUUUAAUUAAUAAUAGUUUAAUCAAAAAUAUUCAAUUUUGUUUAUCUACACUGAAAGCAAGGAGUAUACUUAAGAUGUCCGAAGGUCAUCACGCCCAUGGUGGCGAUAAGAUGGAAAUUUCUUGCCCGCAUAUGAUGCUCUUUCAUGGUGGGCAUUGCGAGCAAAUUCUCUGGAAGGCUUGGACCGCAAAGACAAUUUUAGAAUUUUCAUUGUCUGCGUUUGCUAUUUUCCUUUUGGCAUUCUUGUAUGAAGGCGUCAAGUUUUUGCGACAGUUCCUUCUUCGUAGGGAACUAGAAAAGAUAUCUAAAAGCAAAGAGAAGACAGAUGUUGUAUGCAGCACAAUUGCUGGACUUAAAAAUAAACAAUUGUUUAAGCAGAUAGCAGCACCUCAACAUCUCAUACAAACCUUAUUGUUCUUAUUUCAAGUUACAUUAUCUAUGCUACUUAUGUUGAUAUUUAUGAGUUUCAAUUACUGGUUGUGCCUAUCAAUUCUGUUAGGUCUUACAGUUGGAUACUUUCUGUUUGGUUGGAUUAAAGACGAUGCCUAUGACAGUGAUUGCUGCAAUUAAAAUACAUAUUUACUAAU